UUGUCGGCUACAGAAAUAAACCUCCUUCACACAGGCAGCGGAGACGGUGUCCGCACUGUAAACGCCACAACGGUUCACUGAGGUCGAGUAGGUCAGCAGGAGAGGUUUAUUAGCACAGGUAGAGAACUAGCUGAAGCAUAAAAUAAGAAAUAAAACACAGUUAUUAGUGUUUUUGGUGUGUCAGGUGUUGAAGGCGGGCUAGCUAGACAGAGCUAGCUGACAUCAUCAAUUAGUCCAUUAGCUAGAUUAAACAGGGACGGUGGCUGUUAGUUGUACAUCGAGUUAAACGGUUUUUAAAAAUAAUUAAAGCGUUUCAUUGAAUCGUUGUGAGCAUCCUCAGUCGGUUAUAUUUAGUCCUUCAGCUCGGUGACGUUGAGGAGCUGCGAUGGACUUCCUUGCUGGAUGCGUAGGAGGUGCUGCUGGAGUCUUGGUUGGACACCCAUUCGACACAGUUAAGGUGAGACUUCAGGUCCAAAGUAUUGACAAGCCUCUGUACCGCGGGACUUUCCACUGUUUCCAGUCCAUCAUACGUCAGGAGUCGGUGUUUGGUUUGUACAAAGGCAUUGGCUCCCCCAUGAUGGGCCUUACGUUCAUCAAUGCCAUAGUGUUUGGUGUUCAGGGAAACACCAUGCGGCUGCUGGGACAGGACACCCCAAUGAACCAGUUCCUUGCUGGUGCCGCAGCAGGUGCGAUCCAGUGUGUCAUCUGCUGCCCCAUGGAGCUGGCGAAAACCCGCAUGCAAAUGCAGGGCACUGGAGAGAAGAAGUCCACAAGGAAGCUGUACAAGAAUUCCCUGGACUGCUUGGCACGCAUCUACAAUCGGGAGGGGCUGCGGGGCGUGAACAGAGGCAUGGUCACCACAUUUCUCCGCGAGACACCCGGCUUCGGAGUGUAUUUCCUGGCCUACGAUGUGAUGACGCGCAGCCUUGGUUGCGAGCCAGAUGACCGCUUCAUGAUCCCCAAACUGCUGUUUGCCGGGGGCAUGGCUGGCAUCGCGUCCUGGCUCUCCACCUACCCUGUGGACGUGAUCAAAUCGCGGCUGCAGGCGGACGGGGUGGGCGGUGUCAACCAGUACAGUGGCAUUGCUGACUGCGUGCGACAGAGUGUCAGGAGAGAGGGCUACAUGGUGUUCACACGGGGCCUCACCUCCACGCUGCUACGAGCCUUCCCUGUGAAUGCGGCAACCUUUGCUACUGUCACACUCUUCCUCAUAUACGCCCGCGGGGCGGAGGAGGGGCCUAAAGACUGUGAGAUGGCUCAGCCAAGCCACCACGCACAGAUGCAGCAGCAGGCCCAACCCUCCAGCCUGUGAUGGCCCACAGGUCUCACCCUCACGGCAGGCACUUUACAAGAGCAUGGAAAGACAAAAUCAAAAACAUCUUAAAACAGACUCUUUACUACUGUCUGACUCAGUCUCCCAUCAGACCAGUCAUUCCCACAUUUGAGACAGAAAUACCCGGUUUAUAUAAACGCUCGUUUAUACUUCAUGUCAAAAAGGAAAAAACUGUAUUUAUUUUUUAGCCGUAAUUUUACGUUUCAGGUUUGCCUCUGAGGAGGCAGACUGGUAAAGGGGACGGUUUUAGCAGCAGCUUAAAUCUCGUGUGUGACGCUGAUCUAGACUUGUUACUGAGCCACUAAACUACUGUAAGUCCGUGGCUGGGUAGUGUGUGCACUGUAGAGCCUGACGGUUGGCAUCUUGAAAAGUGCAGUGUUUAACUGCACCUGUAUAUAUCGUUGACUUCUAUCUUUUUUUAAUGUAUAUUGGAAACCUUUUUCCUGCCUUAUAAUAUGAAUACUUUUAUUUUUGUUUGAGGAAGCUGAAGCACCUGUUUGUACCUGAACUGUAGCCUCUUAAGAGCCAAGCAAGCAAGAGAGAGGGAAUGUAGCGUUUGAUAAGAACUCGCGUGUGCUAUCAAACCAAAAAACAUAUUGCAGCUAUAACCGAAUCCUCACUGAAGCACUAUUACUCCAUACUGAACAUAUCAGUACCUACUGUAAACAGAAUCCACUGGUCUGAAGGGCUCUUCAGGGACCGAAUGUAAAGUCUGUUUGUGUGUAAAUCUGGGUGUUAGAUGGCGUUAUGUUGUAUGUCCUGUUUAGCAUGUUGUGUCCCCCUGUUUUAUUUUAUUUUUGUAAAGUGCUGUUAUUUUUCUAAGAAUAGCUUUUAAGUCUGCGCUUGAUAUGGUUAUAGCAGGGUCAGAAAUGUGUUCUAGGGGCUCUCUUUAAAGUUUUGGAAAUGGUUAAAACUGAGAGGCAGUUAAAAGGCCAAAUAUUUUGGAUGGCCCUCGUUCAUUUUACUCCGUUUGUAUUUAACUUGUUGUCAAAUGUUAAUGUGUAAUAGGGACCACUGUGGUGGUGAUUUGUGGCAGACUAUAGCCCCCUUUACACAGCCUGCUCAAGGCUGUCAUUGCACCUGAUCACUCUGUUUAAAGCGUAUGAGCACUGAAUGAGGGGAGGGAGUUGUAGUAGGCAGUGGAGGCAGUAACAGAGCGGAGUUGGCGUUAAGUAAUGGUGUGUUCAUGCAUCUUGUUAUUCACACAUAUACAGCUGCUGGGGUGUUUUGUGUAGUAUUUUGCAGCUGGUGAAUUUUUGCCCUGAACAGUCGUGCUAACAGCCGUGCUAACUAACUGGGGAAGGCAGCUAACGGCUAACUUGGUUUGCAGUAAAGUAAAACCGAUAGCUAGAAUGAAGUGAUGUGAAAAUGGAGGCUCCGUGCUUCUAACCAGCAUGAACUAAGACAGCGACACGCACAAAUUUUAAUUACUUAGAGCACUUUGCUAAGAAGCAACUAAAUGAAAUGGCCCACACACGUCACAAAUACAUAGCUUAAGAAGUUUGCAUGUAGUCCUGUGGCUUUGCUCACUUUUCUCCAAGUCCUUUCUUUUUUGUGUUCUGUCUCUACAGUACUGACGUUCAGUGGCAGAGCUCCGGGUGGCCUCAGGUGGCCACAUUGUUUGUUCUGAUUCUCGGUGACGUCAGAGGAAUCUCAACCAGAUCUUAACGCUGAUAUUCUUUCGCGACACAGCAUCAUGCAAAUGAAAAAUUUCAACUCAAGUGAAGAUGCACUAGCCACAUUGCCCUGUUUGAAUUGACAGUUAUGAAUUAAAGGGGGCAAAAACAUUUAAUGUGAACAGCCCCUAAAAGGGACAGCCGGCACACGGGACUGCCUGCACACACACACACACACACACACACACACACACACACACUAGAUGUGGUUAUGUUAAGCAGGAUUUAUACUUGUGUGCCAGCUCUCUGCAGAACCUACGCCUUUGUGAGCAUUUAUAGUUGUGCAGUGGUGUGUCUGUGUCACUCUGCAGUUACACCUCCAAAACACUAGUUGG